AUGGAGAGAACAGCAGCUACGUACCUGGCACCCGAGACUUCACUCGGCGAUGUCUGGUCCCUCAUUGCAGUUCUGCCCAGCAUGGCUGCAUUCGUACCCUCCAAGGCCAAUAAUUCGCCAGCAACAGGCUCAAGCGCUGUCUCUACUGCAAAUAGAGCGAACACAGUAACCCCUGGCUAUGGUACCGGCACAACACAAUCUUCCUCUUCCGGCCGUCCGCUCGUAGAUACACAGAACAACCAGGCUGUCCAUGUAGCCCCUGCGCCUGCAGGAACAGUCAAUGCUGCAACCACAGGUUCCAAUGGAUCAUCACCAGAGUAUUUCGAGCUCUGCGUAAACCGUAGCAAGCACCUGGUCUCACUCGGUGAGAUCCAGCUUAAGGAUUGUCUCGGUAACGUCUUGGCAAAGAACGACAUAGAGCUGUUUGGUAUGUCCGACAUGACUGCUCGAGAGGUCGUACGUAUCAUUCAAGAACACCAGCUAAUGCUCAGCUUCCAGCAAACAUUCGUAAGCGCUAUCACACUCUCCGCCGCGAAGGCCUACACCCUUCUCUACCGCCCUUCCGACAUCCACUUCGUCCGCUUCGCCGCUCAAAGAGGAGGAAAACAGACCGGUAUCUACGAAUCGCCUCUCGCCAUCCCGCCCAAGGCGGAAGUAGACCAACAGCACGAUCAUCCAGCCACGAGUGGCAAUCCCGCAUGGGACAUGCUCUUCUACAAUCGUCUGCCCAAGAAGCUCAACAACAGCUUACUAGCCGAGAACGACCCGACGAAGAUCUACCGCUGGGGCGUGCACAUCAUCGAAGGGCCGAACAAGCCCCUGAUCGCGUGGUGUGUCGCCAGCAUCCUGGCUGCGAGUUUCGCGAUAGCGCUCGUGCACGAUCUUGUGCGGAAGGAAGCUAUCGACAGCGGGUUCGGCAUCGGACAAUGGAUCGUGGCCGUGCUGUCUACGGCGCUGACGGCUUUGUACUUCCACUUGGAGGACGCUGCUGUAUGA